AUGAUCCAUGCUAGCAUGCUACCACGUGUGAAGAAAAGGCCAAGGCCAGUUGAGGCUGUUGCUCGGGGUCAGGAAGAGGUCAAGUUCAAUGAGGUGACGGUGUACCUGGUGGAGAGGAAGAUGGGCAGCAGUAGAAGGAGCUUUCUGACCAGCCUGGCCAGGUCAAAAGGCUUUCGAGUGGAAUACGUCCUCAGUGAUGAGGUCACUCACGUGGUGGCAGAGGAUAACCAGGCCGGGGCAUUGUGGGCAUGGCUACGGGGGAGUGGUCUGAGGGAUGUCUCCAGACUGCAGGUGCUGGACAUCUCCUGGUUCACGGACAGCAUGAGAGAGGGGAGACCUGUCACUGUGGAGACCAGGCACUGUAUUCCGGCCACUUCAUCCACUGCGACAGAAUGUUCUCCACCCACUGCUGCAACCAACGUUUCUCAAUACGCAUGUCUGAGACGGACAACCACGGAAAAUCACAACAAGAUAUUCACGGAUGUGUUUGAGGAGCUGGCGGAGAAUUCUGAGUUCAAUGAAAGUAAGGGUCCAUGUCUGGCAUUCCGGCGAGCAGCCUCAGUCCUGAAGAGUCUGCCAUCAGCAGUGCACUGUCUGGGGGCCAUCCAGGGCCUCCCCUGCCUGGGUGAGCACACCAAGGCUGUCAUGGAGGAGAUCCUUAUAUUUGGCCGCUCCUUUAAAGUUGAAGAGGUACAGAGUGAUGAACGAUAUCAAGCACUUAAGCUGUUCACCAGUGUGUUCGGGGUUGGACCCAAAACUGCUGAGAAGUGGUACCGCAGAGGGCUGCGCUCACUCAAGGAGAUUCUGGCCGAGCCCAACAUCCAGUUGAACAGGAUGCAGAGAGCUGGCUUCCUGUAUUACAUGGACAUCUCCAAGGCUGUCAGUAAAGCCGAGGCCAAAGCUCUUAGAAGCAUCAUUGAAGAGACUGCCCAUUGGAUCGCACCCGAUUCUAAACUGGCUCUGACAGGUGGCUUUCGCAGGGGGAAGGAGUACGGGCACGAUGUGGACUUCCUGUUGACCGUGCCUGAGAUGGGAAAAGAGGAGGGGCUACUGCUUCGUGUGAUCGACAGACUUAGAGACCAGGGUAUUCUGCUAUACUGUGAGCACCAGGGCUCCACCUUUGACAUGAGCAAGCUGCCUAGUCGCAGGUUCGAGGCCAUGGACCACUUCGAGAAGUGCUUCCUGAUCCUGAGACUGGAGGAGGGACAGAUGGAGGGGGAUGGAGGGCUGCAGAAGGACCCAGGGGAGAGCAGGGGCUGGAGGGCCGUACGGGUGGACCUGGUGGCCCCACCUGUUGACCGCUAUGCCUUUGCCCUCCUGGGCUGGACCGGCUCCAGGCAGUUUGAGAGAGAUCUGAGGAGGUUUGCCAGGAAGGAGAGGGGGAUGUGUCUUGACAACCACGCCCUGUAUGACAAAACCAAGAAACUAUUCCUACCGGCAACUUCAGAGGAGGAUAUCUUUGCCCAUCUGGGUUUGGAGUAUGUGGAGCCCUGGCAGAGAAACGCAUAA